AUGGCCCAAAUCUGUCAGCUGGAGGCUUCUCCCGCCCUGGCGAGUGAGGGUGUAAAUAUGGAUUCAGACCCAUUGAUGGUUUUGUUGGUAAUAAUUCUACUAGCUCGGUUUAUUCUAUGGUCCUGUCUUGGGACUUUUGUUGAUUAUCGACUGUCCAGGAGACGACCCAGCAAACCCAAGCAGGACUAG